AUGGCUGAGCACAUUUCGGAACUCUGUACGCUGCUUGUCGACGACCUGUACGGCGAGCUUUCUUCGCGUGUCUUUUCCGUCCUCGCAAAGCAAGGCCGCCUGUCUAUCCGCGGGCUGGUUAAAUAUUCCGACCUGACCGUUCGCGACCUCAAACAUGGUCUAGCUGUGCUCAUUCAACAGCACCUCGUCCUCCACUAUACCGCCGAAGAUGACACGUACUACGAACCCGACUGGCAGCACGCCUACGCUUUAGUCCGCUCCGGCAAGGCCAUAAAGAUUAUAGAAGACAGGUUCGGCGAGGCCGCCGGGGGUCUCGCGUCUAACCUGCUUCUUCUCGGUCACGCCAAAAUCAGCGACCUUGCGGAUGCCUACGGAGUCGCACCGAAAGAAGGCGCUGUGGAUGCUGCCGCAAUGCAUGUUGCGAACGGUCUCACGAAUGGCGAGGGUACCAAUGGUGACGCAACGACCAACGGUGACGCAACGAAACCACAGAAGAACCACGUUGAGUCACUGGAAGAUCUCCACAGGUUGCUGCGCCAGCUCCUCGACUCCGGCUUCGUCACUCCAGUCCGCGCGAAGCAUUUCACCCCGUCCGCCGACCUAUACAAUGAAGCGGAGCGCAUAGUGAAGAGAAGCCACUUCCCCGAGGGUGUCAAGGGGAAACAGAUCGCAGAGCUGGAUAAGGAAACCAAGAAGCUACUGAAAAAGUGGAGGGACGAGGAUGCAGGCGAGGAGGAACAAAAGGUGUCUGCGGGUACAAAGCGCUCUCGGGAUGAGUCAACACCCCAAGCAACGCGCAAGCGCAUCAAGAUUACGACUAAGCUUCCCAAUGGUACUAGCGCUGUUCGCGCGUCUGAAAAGGAAGUUAUUGCACUUGACGAUGAACUUGUAGUCGGCAUCGAUCAGGACAAGUGCGACGUAGCAAUACGCUCGCAACAACUAGUUGAAUAUGCUGAACGCUAUCUCGGAGAGACCACGGCGAAGGUUUACGAGGCGCUUUUGCAACAAAUGGAGAAGAAGGUGGACCGCUGCAACGACCCGUACAACCAAGCAGCAAGCGAAGAGGACGAGGCCGACGCUUUACCUUCAGUUACUGCGCGAGAGGUGCUUGAAGUCCUGCCAGAGCUUGACUUGGCAGCAGGAAUCGGCCAGCCGCCUAGCAUGACCAACGGUGUCGAUGGCGACGCCGAUGAGGAGGAGGAAGAAGAUGAAGAGAUGACCAACGGAGUGGCUCAUGUUGAUAGGAGCUCGGCGGCUGUCACUGCUGGCCGCUUACCACUCAUCAAGACGCACAUCUCGCUCCUGGCCGAAGACCCGCGACGCUUUGUCCGAUGGGUAGGCUCGCGCGGUGGCGGAGAAUACAAAGUCGACUUCCGGCCGCUUACAAACUCACUCAUACAACACGAACUCGAAGCGACAGUAUCAGCACGAUGGGGCCCGAUCGCCACGCGGCUCGUCCGCAUCCUGCACGCCAAAGGCAAGCUCGACGAAAAGCAAGUCUCGACAUUCGGCAUGCUGCGCACGAAAGAGAUACGCGCGGCCUUAACAGCAAUGCAAGAAGCCGGCUUCGUCGACACGCAAGAAGUGCCCAAAGACAACACGCGCGCGCCCAGCCGCACCAUGUACUUCUGGUUCUUCGACCAAGACCGGUGCCGGCAGCUCGUGCUGACGGACACGUACAAAGCCAUGGCGCGCCUGCUGCAGCGCAUCCGCGUCGAGCGCGCCAAGGUGCAGUCGGUCAUUGACAAGGCGGAGCGCACCGACGUCGUCGGCAACGAGGACCGCUACCUUACUGGCACGGAGAAGCAGGCGCUACGCGGCUGGCGCGAGGCUGAAGAGAAAUUGCUCGCGCAGCUGGGAAGGCAGGAUGAUCUCGUCGCUGUGUUGAGGGAUUUUAGAAUGCCUCCCAUUCCGAAGGCGGCGUGGCAGGAGGGCUGA